AUGGGUGACUGGAGUUUCCUGGGGAACAUCCUGGAGGAGGUGAAUGAGCACUCCACGGUCAUCGGCCGAGUGUGGCUCACGGUGCUCUUCAUCUUCCGCAUCCUCAUCCUCGGCACGGCCGCCGAGUUCGUGUGGGGGGAUGAGCAGUCCGACUUCGUGUGCAACACCCAGCAGCCAGGUUGCGAGAACGUCUGCUACGACGAGGCCUUCCCCAUCUCGCACAUCCGCCUCUGGGUGCUGCAGAUCAUCUUCGUGUCCACGCCGUCGCUGGUGUACGUGGGGCACGCGGUGCACCACGUGCGCAUGGAGGAGAAGCGCAAGGAGCGCGAGGCGGAGGAGCCGAGCCCGCAGCCCCCGGGCGACGGCGGCGACAGCGCGCCCCUGGCGGCCGACCAGGGCAGCGCCAAGAAGAGCAGCAGCAACCCCAAAGGCACCAAGAAGUUCCGGCUGGAGGGGACCCUGCUGAGGACCUACAUCUGCCACAUCGUCUUCAAGACCCUCUUCGAGGUGGGCUUCGUCGUGGGCCACUACUUCCUGUACGGCUUCCGGAUCCUGCCUCUCUACCGCUGCAGCCGCUGGCCCUGCCCCAACGUGGUGGACUGCUUCGUGUCCCGGCCCACGGAGAAGACCAUCUUCAUCCUGUUCAUGCUGUCUGUGGCCUCUGUGUCCCUGUUCCUCAACAUUGUGGAGAUAAGUCACCUGGGCCUGAAGAGAAUCCGCUCUGCCCUCAAGAAGCCCACGGAGCAGCCGCUGGGGGAGGUCCCUGAGAAGUCCCUCCACUCCAUUGCUGUCUCCUCCAUCCAGAAGGCCAAGGGCUACCAGCUCCUCGAGGAAGAGAAAAUCGUGUCCCACUAUUUCCCUUUGACUGAGGUCGGGAUGGUGGAGACGAGCCCAUUGUCUGCCAAGCCUUUCAGUCAGUUCGAGGAGAAGAUGGGUGCCGGGCCCCUGGGGGACCUGUCCAGGGCCUACCAAGAGACACUGCCUUCCUACGCUCAGGUGGGAGCCCGGGAAGGCGAGGGGGAGGAGCCGCCAGCGGAGGAGGGGGCAGAAGCAGAGGUGGGCAAGAAGAGGCAGGAGGCAGAGAGAGUGAGCACAGAUGGGCAGGAGCUGGUGGCCGGGCAGGAGCUGGUGGCCGUGCUGGAGGGGGAGAAAGUGGUCGAGACCCCCGAAGUGGGGAAAGAGGCUGAGAAGGAAGAGCUGCAGCCCGAGAAGGUACCCAAGCAAGAGCUGCCGACCGAGAAGGCGCCUUCGGUGUGUCCGGAGCUGCCCGGGGAUGACACCAGGCCCCUGAGCAGGCUGAGCAAGGCCAGCAGCCGGGCCAGGUCGGACGAUCUAACCGUCUGA